UUUGUGUCGCUCAGGCUCUCACACACAUGGCCUCGCCUCCUCCGCCAGCACUCGCUUGCGCGGUCUGCGCGGUCGCAGUGUCCAAGUACAAGUGCCCACAAUGCCUGGCCAAGUACUGCUCGCUCCCUUGCUUCAAGCUGCACAAGGCCACAUGUGGCGAGCAGCAGCAGCGAUUGACUUUUGAAACAACUCUCCCGCGUGGACCAGACUCGGCGACCGCCAGCCAAGUGCAACAACCACUCACCACCCAGUCGGAGACUGUAGUCGAUGCCACCACCAGUGCUCCUCUGACAUCCGGCGGCGGUGCUGCAGUCCACGCAUCAGCAUUGCCGGUCCAACACGAGUCCAGCAGUACCAACCAACAGCCCUUGCCACUGCACCUGCUGCUCCAGUCGAGCGAUCUGCGCCAGUUUGCUGCAUCGCAUCCAACGCUACAAACAACGCUGCACGCCAUCCUGACGGCAGACAAUCCGCUUCAAACGCUCAUUUCGUAUUUGAACUCUGCCAGCGACGCCGAGGCCAGUGCACUCGUCGAUUUGUCCAAGCAUUGCAUGGCGGCGAUCGGCGACCACCCGGCGGUCGAGCGCAUGCGUGGGGAGCAAGCCCUGGCUGAAAAGCAGCAGCUCCAACGCGAAUUUGCUCUCGAUCCGACCGGCACGCGCAGCCUCUAGGGCCCUUUCUGAGAACACGGGAGACUUGUUGUUUCAAAAGGCUGACGAUUCAGACAUGUGUUUUCCAAAAUAACGACAACAAAAACGAAAACGAACGAAAAUACCGCGACAUGCCGCGCGCACUUUGACACUUGGAAAAACAAAAAAAAGUUACUCAUCUUCAGCCUCGCUGUCCACUUGGGCCAGACGAUGCCGCUUGCUCGCUUUGUGGCGGUGCUUUCGAUGGCGCGCCUUCUUGGACGAACGGCCACUUUCAUGAUCAUCGUGCUCGCCAUCUUCGUCAUCGUUGUUGGCGCCCUCAGCGUCAUUCUCUGCCUCGCUGGAAGCCUCAGCCGACAGGAGAUUGUGGGGUGCUUCCUCCUGUUCUUCUUCUUCUUCUUCUACUGCUGCUUCUUCUUCCUCCUCGGGCUCGCUUGAAGUCUCUCGAGCUCUUCGACGCUUUUCAGACUUGCGAGCGCGACGCGCCUUCUUUCGGCGGGCCUUCUCGUCCUCGUCCUCGUCCUCGUCCUCGUUCUCUGCUUCGUCUGGACGGUCAGACCCGGCUUCGUCGUUGUGGUCGCGCUCUUGGUCGUGUUCUUGGUGCUUGUCUGCCUUUGCCUUGCGCUUCGAGCCGGGUGCCGAUUCUUCCAGCUGCGGUCGCUUUUUGCCCUCCGCCUCCAGCGCGUCCUCUGCUCGCCGUUUCGUCCGAGCUUUGGCGCCAGCGCGGUCAGUGUCUUUGGUCUUUGGAGGCUUGUGCGUCAGUCGACCAGUCAGAGCGGUCGAUCCCAGCAGCUUGGCAAUCAGUGGUUGCGGUGUCGGAGAGUCGUGCUGUGAUUCGUCCUCUUCUUCUCCUUCCAUCACGCUUGCCAGGGUGUCGUCCUCUUCGUCACUGUCGCCGCCAUACCCUUGGGACGACACCUCCUCGCCGCGAAUCGACUUGUGCUUGAGAUUGCCAAUGGAGAAGGCGACGCGCACGCCGUUGACUUCGAACAUGACCUUGACUCGGAAGAUGAGUGUUUCGAGCGACUUGCGCAAUGGCGGAACUUGUGCAAGUACUGAAACAUCCCGAACAACCUGUGUGUGUGUGGUGCAGAUGUGUUUUGUUGAAAUUGUCA